GCAGUUAGGAGCCCUAGGAACAUCCUGGUCCCACUGAAGGAGACUGCUUCCUGUGCCGCCAUGAAGAAGCUCUUCAACAUAUGGAGAAGGAAGGAUGAGCCUCACAGUUCCUGCUUCCACCUACCCAUAGGCCGGGCCAUCAUUGGUCCCUCCGCAUAUCCAGGCUACAACCUUCGAGAUAAGGGUUUAAAGAAACUUCACCAAGCUGCCGCAGUUGGGGAUUUAGAGAAGGUGAUGAAGUAUCUUCGGCUCAAGAAACAAGAUGUGAACAUGCAGGACAGAGAACACAGAACACCUUUGCACCUGGCCUGUGCUAAUGGAUAUUCAAAUAUUGCAUCUCUCUUACUUGAGAAAAAAUGCAAAGAAAACAUUCUGGAUGGAGAAAGUAGAUCUCCAUUGACUAAGGCAAUACAGUGUGACAAGGAGAGUUGUGCUGCUAUUCUUCUAGAACAUGGUGCAGACCCAAACCUGGUGGAUUUAAAUGGAAAUACUGCUCUUCAUUAUGCUGCCUCUCAUCAAAGAGUCUCAUUAGCUAAAAAACUGCUUGAACACAAAGCUAAUCUUGAAGCUCAAAAUAAGGAUGGGUAUACUCCAUUUUUACUUGCCGUUACUGAAAAUAAUGUGGAAAUGGUAAAAUUUCUUCUAAAGAGUGGGGCAGAUGUGAAUGCUUCAGAUAAAAAUCAGAGAACAGCCCUUAUGAUUGCUCUCAGUAACGAACCAACAAGUUUAAUCAGCCUACUUCUUCAGCAAGAAGUGGACCUAUCUUGCCAAGAUAUUUAUGGAUUUACAGCUGAGGAAUAUGCUUCUUUCAAUGGUUUUACUAUAUACCAUCAAUUAAUUGCUAAUUAUGAAGAGGAGAAGCAAGUUAAACAGAUAUCCACCUCAGUGGACACAAUUUUGGACACUAUAUUUAAUACAGAAGAACUGGAGGAAGGUAAGAAGAUAGAAAAUGAACAGUUUUUUUUAAAUUUGGCGGACUCUUCCUUUACCUGUCUCCUGGAAGGGUUUAUUUGCCUCAUAUGGGAUCCUCCGUGCAGCCUUCUGUGUCUGCCCUGCUGUUCAGUCACUUACAGUGCUUUAUUAUCUGUCUCUUUCCUCCUUGCCUUUUGGAUUGAGAGCCCCAUGAGAGCUUGA